AUGGGCCAAGCCCAGCUCCUCCAUGCCGGGGCCGGGGUCAGCGGACCGAACCGGGUUGACAGCGGGGGCGGGACCCGGCAGCUGGAGCUGGAGCUGGAGCUGGCGGGGCCAGAAAUUGUCACCAUCACCAUGACCAAAACCACCGCCGUCGCCGCCACCAUUGCCGCCACCACCAUGGACGUCUUCUUGGACGUGAUAAAGGCCGUGAAAGGCAUUACCAGCACCCUUCAACUCCCUUUGACGUUGGCUUCGAAGGCCGGGACCCCCCUCCCCAAGGACGAAGUCGCUGUCGCCGCCAUCACCACCACCACCACCAGCAACGCAGAUGCCGAUACUGCUUCUGCCACUGCCGCUGCCGCUGCCAUAACAAUACCACCGAUGCUGCUACUCCCACCCUGCCGCUGCUAA